AUGCAAUACUUUACAUGUACGCUCGCUCUGCUUACGCUUUUUGCCGUAGGGUCAUUAGCUGAAGAUGUCGAGCUUUUAAAGCGUCUCCUCACUGAGUUGGAAAUAGAACUUGAAGAAAGAAACGAACCCAACAAAUACGAAAGAAAGGCAAUAGAAAACUGUGUGAAUGCGAUUAAAGAUUGGGAUGAUAAAGGGCUCAAGUCGCUCUGUGCAGAAUAUGUCGGUAAAGGCUAUUGUGAAACGACAGAAGCAGUGCCGAAAAAUUGUGCAACUAGUUGCAAACAAUGUGCUCAUGCUAAGCCGGCUGAAAACUGUCUAAAUGCGAUUGAAGGCGGGGGUGAUAAAUGGCACAAUUUGCGCUGUGAAAUAUUUGUCAAUAGCGCCUCUUGUAAAACGGGGGUAGUGAGGACAAAUUGUGCAGCAAGUUGCGCAUGUGGUACUGUUAGGCCGGCUGAACCGUGUAUGGACAUGUCGUCGGAUUGUGAUUUCGCGACCAAGGAUGAUUGUGAAAAUAACGCCAUUGUGAAACGAGGAUGCAAGAAAACAUGCAACCUUUGUUGAAUAUGUACAAAAUGUACUGACUGAAUGAACGAAUAUACUCUGGACAAUUGAACACCCAAAGAUUAUACUCUUUCGUCUUUCCCCGUUUACAAAAAUGUAAAAGAGCCUUAAAAAUGAAGUUUAUUUGUAAUUAUAAAAUUCUGCAGGAAAAUAAAUACAUCUGAGAUACAUGAAUUUAAUUGA